AUGCUUCGAAUAAACCCUUUCGCACGCCUUCUCUCCCAGCCGUCCUGCAACCUCUGUCGCAGUCGGUAUCGACUUGAGAAUCGAGUAAUACAAAAUAUCCGGACGAGCUCCUCUGCGGCGGCAGUUGCAGAAAAUGAUGACGUCGUGGCGGCCCAGAACAACUACAAAAUCAUUCAAGAGGCUGGAAACUUCGAAGAAACUGAAGCAACACGGCCGGACUUUGAUCACUCCAAGCCAAUCGAAAUCACAAAGUCACCUUUUCCUCAAUGGAACUACGGCGAUGGAGUUCCCGAUAACGGGAAGAGCUUGGGUCAACAGCACCAUGAGAUUGACCCUUACGCGCCCGAUCGGCCAAUGAUCAGCAACUAUCGCCUGGUCGUCUCUGGCAUCGCACCACGGCCAAUUGGUUUUAUCAGUACUGUCAGUUCUGACGGACAGAAAAACCUCUCGCCAUUCAGCUACUUCCAAGUCCUGGAUCAUGACCCGCCAAUGUUCAUUGUUGGCUUUUCCUCGCGUCCGGGUCGUGUCAAGGACACCUACCGCAAUAUCAAGGAAACCGGCGAGUGUGUCAUCAACACUGUUUCGGAGAACAUGAUCGAGGCUGUCAAUGCCACUUCAAUUGAUGCGCCAUAUGGCGUGUCUGAGUGGGAUGUAUCAGGUCUUCAUGAAGCACCCUCAACUACCGUCAGACCUUCCCGAGUGGCAGAGUCUGUGUUGAGCAUCGAAGGCAAGGUGGUCGACAUCAAGGAGUUUACCGAUCACCAACAACCAGGCAUGAGUAUUGCGGCCAAUGUGCUGAUCAAGGCCACACGGUUUUGGGUGAAAGAAGGCACUGUAAAUGCCGAUUACAGUCAUAUUGACAUUGAAAAACUGCGACCUAUUGGGCAGCUGGGCGGUAUCUCCUACGGUCGGAUUGCAUCGACGUUCGAGAGACCGCGUAAGAAGUGGGAUCAAGAGGUUCCUAAGAGCGAAUUUCUGGCCAAGCUAGAUGCUGCCAAGUCCAAUGUGAAAUAG